AUGUUCUUACCUAACUUACAUUCAUUAGUUCUUAAUCCUGCUGAAUAUGUUGAAAAUUCAACUGAUACUUUUUGUAAAAUAUUUCGUCUAUCGAAAUUAAAAUAUUGCAAAAUUAAAUAUCAAAUUAAAAUCGAUGAGGAUCCAUUGCCUAAUUAUUUCAAUGAAUGUGAUUAUAGUUCAGUUGAACAUCUUAUCAUUGAUGCUCGUUUCCCAUAUGGUUCAUUGAAUAGUUUAUUAUAUUGCUUUCCAAAACUACAUCGUUUACCAAUUGAUUGUCUUGUUUAUUCUCGUUAUGAAGAUAAUGAAUCAUGUCCUAUUCGAUUAUUAAAAAGUUUGAAACAUGUUUCACUCAAACUUGAUUUGAUUAAAUUUAAUAAAUUCGAAAAAAUUGCACAAUAUUUCUUUCGUCAUGUUGAAGUUUUACGAAUUUCAACACAUUAUGAUGCAGCAUAUUUAGAUGCACAACAAUGGGAAAAUUUAAUAACAUCUUAUAUGCCGAGUUUACGUAUUUUUGAUAUACAUCAUGAUGGUUUUGGAUCAGUAAAUGGAUUAACAUACCAUGAUUUGAUCGAUCGAUUUACAUCACUAUUUUGGAUUACAAAACAAUGGCAUUUUACUCAUCAACAUAAUUGGCGUGAACGUUUAAAUAGUGGAGUUUUUUAUUCGACUCAGCCAUAUCGGUAA